AUGGCCGGCUCCUCCUCUGCUGCCCUGCGUGCAGAUGAUUCCACCGACCACACCUACCGCUCGCCUCCUAUGCCCCUUGUAUCGGCCAUGCACAACAACGGCGGUCAAGAUCCAAAUAUUCCCCAUGAGCAAAAGCGCGGCAAAGCGCGAUUCGCCCCCUCAAACCUCUCCCAUGUCUGGCGGUCUAUCAAGACCCGUCUCACACCUCCUUCCCACCCGUCGACGACCUCGGAAUCAGCUCUGGGGUCCGGGUUGAACAACACCGACAACAUGUACUAUGAGGAUGGCUCGGCGGUCCGGCAUCUUCCCCUCGAGCUCUUGAAUCCCAAAGCAGGGACAGACGGUCGUCACAAGCGCAAGUCCAAGAACAGUGGCUCUAGGAAUGGUCUUCGAAACCGGGCGCGAGGGAGCCAGGGGGCGACCAGCACGUCCCGUUAUGGCGACGACGAUGACAUGUCGGCCAAGCCCGCCGAACCCGUCUCUAGGAUCGUCGUAGACAACAACUUUGAGCACUUUACACCGAUGGUGCCCAAGAGCGACUCUGGGUAUGGGUCAGGCAGGACGCCGGGGACGAAUGCCACACCAGGUAUGGAUCUCGAGGAGGAGGAGGACGGGUCGCCCUUGGACCGGAGCGAUGCUGCGAGCACGCAGAGGAGGAAUAGCAGGGUGCGCUGGAUACGGAGGAACAGUGUGGUAGAGAUGAUGGUCGAUAGAGUAUGGCCCAACUUUAAACAUUUCUUGGAUUCAAGCUAUCCCGAGCCCAGCAAAGAACGCUCUUUCCAGAAAGAGCUUUGGUUUACACAGAAACAAGGCGCCCUCGCCUCUAGCGUCUUUUUGCUCAUCAACUGGGUCCUCACUGUCGGCCUCCUCCCCACACCAUUGACAACCUUUAAUUGGAUAGCCUACGUUGCCAUCGCCGGCGUCGUCACUGUCCCCAUUCUCCCCCUCGUGGCUCUCGACUAUCCACGCCGACACCCCAAGAUAUGCCAGCCCAUAAUCUUCUCCGCCUGCUGGGUGUUCGCCUUUAUCCUGCUCGUUGAGAUCCGUAUAUGUGGAUACUUUAACGACGUCAAUACGUGUGGGAAUAGGAAUUUCAUGAACCUCUUGGGAUUUGCCUUUGGGCAGCCCACGCUCGGGUUGUUGACUUUAAGGGAAGGUCGAGGGUUUGCGGUCUUUGGAGCAGCGUCGUGGCUGGUAUUGACUGGCGUCUUGAUCAUGUCGGAGCAGAAUUCGCCAAGACUGUUUUUCCGAAACAUGGUCUUUUUCGCCCUGUUCCACGCGUUUCUCAUCGGCGCGAGCUUUCUCAAGGAACGCAGCGACCGUCAAAUGUUCGCCCUUCGUCAACAACUCAAAAUCCAAUACCGCGCCACUCAGUCUGCCCAGGUCAUGGAGCGUCGAGCUGCCGAUUCCAAGAAACGAUUCGUCUCUUACAUCUUUCACGAAGUUCGUGUACCACUCAACACGGCUCUCCUUGCGGUCCAAAAUUUGCAAGGCGAGAAAGUGUUUGAGCAUGUGCAGCAUGAGCAAGGAGAGAUGGUCGAUGGAUUGAUCAGCAGUCUGACAAUGAUGGAAAAGGUCUUGAACGAUGUUUUGAGUUUCAACAGAAUGGAGAGUGGCAAGUUUGCCCAAGCGCGUAAACCAUUUGAUUUCCACAAAUCUAUCCAGCUCGUCGCCCUCUCUCAUCGUACCCAAGCCCAGAUGGCAGGUAUCGACCUCGACGUCGAGCUGGACAAGGACAUUGACAAGAUCGGCGGCAUCUUUGUCGGGGACGAGAUGCGCUUGCGGCAGGUGGCGAGCAACUUGGUAUCAAACAGUAUCAAAUUCACAGAUCAGGGAAGCGUUAGGAUCGUGACCAAGUUGCUCUACCCGAGGCUUGAAGAGACGCCGGCUAUGGAGGAGGAUGAUCCUCUGAGGCAGGCGGCUAUCAAUCUGCAAAGACAACAGCAGUUGGAAGAGACGGACAAGCAAGUGCAGGGACGUAUAUCUACUUCGGUCCAGCCUGCUCCUGUCCAAGCAACACACAGUACCCUCCACGGCUUCCUACAUCGCUCCCACUCUCUCUCCCAAACCAACUCUCAGUCCCGCCCUCACUCCACAAAAGGCUCAAGCCCUGUCGCCAUGGAUCUUGAAAAGGGGUCGAUCAGUAUGGAGGUGCGGAGGGAUCGAGAUUCCAUGCUUGCCAGGGAAAAGGAGAGGGAGGAGGAACGGAAAAGGGUGCAAAAGGUCGUUGUCAGGGUCGAAGUGCAUGAUACAGGCGUGGGCCUGAAGAAGACUGAUCUUCUGGAUGGCGAUCUCUUCUCUCCUUAUGUACAAACCGAGAUCGGGCGAAGACAAGGUGGUAAAGGAAGCGGUCUAGGCCUCGCCCUCGUCAGGCAGAUCGUCAAGCUAUCCAACGGCCGCCUCGGCGUCGAAAGCGAGCUGGGCAGGGGUAGUAUGUUCUGGUUUGAACUUCCGUAUUCUCUACCGCCCCCACCCAAAGCUCCCCGGGCGCGCGAGACCUCGGGCCUCAAUACACCGGGCCCAAAGUCAUCGGGAGACGUCGCCCUCGAAAGGGGUGGGUCAAACGAUAAAACCUCUCAAGGGGGCUCUGGAGACCAGGUACCGGGUGUCGAGCGUAGCGGAGGCGGAGGCGGCGGAGGGCCACAAAGACCAGGGGCAAUGGUGAGGAUCCAGUCGACGGCAGAGGUGAUCAAUUCUACCAGCCACGAUGGGUCUGAACGGCCGGCCAUGGGGACAACCGAUAGUACCAUGCCGCUCCUGCCCUCCGAAACAUUACCUGUUUCCGCGGAAGAAGCUGUGAUUGAUACCUAUCCACCGACAUCACCUUCAGCCACCUCCUCAACCCCUAGCACCUGGAGUUCUACAUGGCUUGAUCCCUUUGCUGUACCCAUGACUUACAACACAUUGACCGAGCGGCGUUCUUCGGAAUGGAGCGAAGAGAUGGGUCGUGCUGCGGCGGCUGUGCAGAGGUUGGAUAGUGAGCGUGCCGAGGAAGGCAGGGGUUUGGGCAUGGGCGUCGGCCAGUCAGCGGAGGCAAGGCUGAGCGCGGAGGGCAGGGAGACCAACGACACAGAAAAUGCACAGUCGAUCAAGGAUGAGGUGGCAAGAAAAGGCGAUGGAAGUGCUCCCUUAUCAACAUUGGUCGUAGACGACGACAAGCUCACACGUAUGCUCAUGUCGCGCAUGCUUACCCGUCUGGGGCAUCAAGUUACAACAGCGGAGAACGGUAAAAUGGCAUUGGAAAUCAUCACAGAUAUGCUUGAAGGCAAAUCAGGCGCUCCGACAUUCGACGUGGUCUUCUUGGACAAUCAAAUGCCACUCAUGUCUGGUGUCGAAGUCGCCACAGCGGUCCGCGAGAUGGGCUGCCCCAUCUACAUCGUCGGCUGUACCGGUAAUGCUCUCCGUGAAGACCAAGACGAGUACAUUACUGCCGGUGCAGACACCAUUCUCACCAAACCUAUCCAUCAAAAGAACCUUGUCGAGAUGAUCAGGGACGCCAGGAAGAGGGUGGCCGGCGAGACGUCGCCGAGGGAUAUGGACAUUGGGCCGGAUGAGGGGCCGAUGGGCUAG